AUGGGAACACCAACAAAGAAGAGGCCGUUCACCCUGGAAGUGGACGAUAGGAUGGACAAAGAGCGUGCUCAAAGCAAAGGACAGGAAGCAAAGGACUGCAAUGCCUCUUCAUCUAAAAAUGCCAUGAGCCCUAUGGACUCUGAAUAUCAAGAAGACCUAGAAGAGACAACUUCAGACUUAAAGAUCAAAAUCAACAAACAUUUCAUCAAGGGCUUCAGAGGAAAAACAGGUGAAGCUGCCCAAGACAAGGACAAAUUUGACAUGAAAAGGCUCUUUUCAGCAGUUUCUAGUGGAGAGGUUGCUCAGCUCGAAGGACUGGAGCAGUACCUGCAGCGGGCCAUGAAGCACCUGACUGACUCUGAAUAUCGGUCCAAGGGAAAGACUGCUCUACUCAAAGCUCUCUUAAAUCUGAAAGAAGGCAGAAACCAUACAGUAACAUUGCUCCUUGAUAUUGCGGAGAAGAUGGAUGAUUUGAAGGAAUUUGUCAAUGCAGCGUAUACAGACAUUUAUUACAAAGGCCAGACAGCCCUUCAUGUAGCCAUUGAGAGGAGGAGUCAAUUAUUUGUUGAGCUUCUGGUUCAGAAAGGAGCUGAUGUCCAUGCCAAAGCCUGUGGGAAGUUCUUCCAACUGCAUGAUGGACCCUGUUUCUAUUUUGGAGAGCUUCCACUUUCGCUGGCAGCCUGCACCAACCAGAAAGACAUAGUUGACUUCCUUUUGGACAACCAAUUCCAGAAUGCAGAUGUGCGGGAGACAGACUCUCAGGGCAACAUAGUACUCCAUGCCCUGGUGAUGGUAGCAGAUAACAGCCCUGAAAAUACAGAUUUUAUUAUUAAGAUGUAUGACCACAUCCUCACCAGAGCUGCCCAGCUUCACCCAAAAGUCAAACUGGAGGAGAUUGAGAACAAGCAGGGCCUCACACCAGUUAAACUAGCAGCCAAGAAAGGCAAGAUUGAGUUGUUUAAACACAUGUUGCAUCGAGAGUUCCAGGAUAAGGACACCAGACAUCUUUCCAGAAAGUUCACGGAGUGGGUCUAUGGGCCGGUUUACUCCUCACUGUAUGACUUGUCAUCACUGGACUCCUAUGAGAAAAACUCUGUUCUGGAGAUAAUUGUUUAUGGCACUGAAAUCCCGAAUCGUCCGGAGAUGCUUCAGGUGGAGCCUCUCAAUAAGCUGCUGGAGGAGAAGUGGAGGAGAUUUGCUCAUCCAAUAUUUCUCUUCAAUUUCGUGGUCUAUCUGAUAUAUCUCAGCAUCUUCUCCAUCGUGACCUAUCCCUGGAAACCAGAAUCAAAUCAAACGAAUCAAACUCCACCAUAUCCACUAGAGAAAACACUAGACGGUCACUUGCUUCUGUCAGGACAAGUCAUACUUCUCUUGGGCUCUGUGUAUUUCUUUUUAAAAGGGUUAUCAGAUUUGAGAAGAAAACGACCAACUAUUGAAAGUUUCCCAGUAGAUGGCUUAUGCGACCUCCUUUUUUUCAUCCAGGCAGUGCUUUUCCUGGCCUCCACGGUGCUCUACUUCUGUAGUAGAAAAGAGUACCUUGGGUGCAUGGUGUUGUGUCUUGCUCUCACAUGGAUCAACUUACUCUACUACUCCAGAGGGUCUAAGAACAUGGGCAUCUAUGGAGUCAUGAUACAGAAGGUUAUUAUUGGGGACAUUUUCCAUUUCUUUGUGGUCUACAUGGUGUUCCUGUUUGGAUUUUCAGCAGCGGUAUUCACUCUAUUGGAUAAACCACAGGAACAACCUGAACAGGGAACACAAGUCGCUUGCAAAACAGUAUCUGUUACAAACUUCACUGCCACCGCUCUGGAGCUGUUCAAGUUCACCAUUGGCAUGGGGGACCUGGAGUUCACUGACCGGUACCGCUACAAGGAGGUGUUCUAUGUGCUGCUCAUCUCCUACAUCGUCCUCACCUACAUCUUACUCCUCAACAUGCUCAUCGCCCUCAUGAGCAAAACUGUGCAGAGGACUUCUGAUGAAAGCACAAACAUCUGGAGACUACAGCGAGCCACUACCAUCCUAGAUAUAGAAAGACAUCUACCAAAGUGUUUGAAGCGCAGACUUCGCUCUGGAGUGGAGAAAGUCUUGGGCAAGGGGAAUGUUGAGGAACACCGCUGGUGCUUCAGAGUUCAGGAAGUAAACUGGAACAAGUGGAACGCCGACAUGCGCAUCAUCAACGAGGAUCCUGGGAACCAAGAAGUCUGGAUGCCUCCUGAAGAACCUUCCGAGGCGUCCUGA